CGGGGAGUUCUUCUUCUUCAAGUGGUGGUGGUGGAGCAAAUGGAGGAGGUUCAGGAGGUGCCGACUCUGCCGGAGACGACGCCACCGCUGGCACUUCCGUUGCACCUUCUAUUUCCGUGAUUAAGCGAUAUGCAGGAGGGAUGUCUACGGGAUUGCCGAUGGUAACGGACACAACCUGGAAGCAGUUGCUGGUUAAUCAGUUACAUUUAUGAGGGAGAAACAUCAACUUCAACAUUUAGACAGAGGAACUGGGACUAGGUAGAUCAAGACCUUGAAUACAGAUUUUUUACUAAUGCGCAAGGAUCAUGCAACGCCCACCAGCGGAGCUCUAAUCCACCCAGCAGGAGAUCGAUUUCUAGAACCCAUGAGCGCGCACGAUUGGCUCACGAA